CUCUCUGUCUCUGUCUCUGUCUGUCUCUCUCUUUCUCAUCCAUCAAGUUUAAAAGAAGAUUAGUUGGCCUCAUACGAAAGAUCAUUCUCCAACGCUCCACCUUUCUACAUAUCAAAUUCAGCUUCACUAAGCCAGUGAUUCUAUCUAAGUUAUUCCCAUAUUCUGCCAAACAUGAAAGGAGUGGAUCUCUUCUGUGCUUCUCCAGCUUCUACAGCCAUAUGUUCAAGCAUGGAUCAGCGCUCCAUGGUCCGCCGCGGCACCAGGCCCAUCAACCACCAUAAUCCUUAUCUCGGUGAUAGGCGAAGAAGCCGGCCACUUGCGCCUGUCCCAUGUUCAUCUCGGUUACCCAUCAGUCCUACGCUUCACCAUCAGAAGAGUAGAAAGAGUUCUGCUAAGCAAACUGAUCUCAGGAGGAAGAGCUCUGCUGACAAAAAUGAUCUAACCAGCCCUCCUGGUUCCUCCAGAUAUCUUCUAAGUGACACACCUUUCUUCAACUUGUUACCGGACUCUGAUCGUGUCUCAGCAUUCGUUCCUACACAAACUGCAAGGCCACUGGUUCCUACACAAACUACAAGGCCACUGGUUCCUACACAAACUACAAGGCCACUGGUUCCUACAAAAACUGCAAGGCCUCGGCGCCUGAACUCGAAUGAUUCUCCUGCCUUAGUAUCAUCUUCAUCUGCUCGUUCCCACGACCAGGUGGUGGUUUUGUGGGUAUCAUUGCAUUGCAAGGGGUGUGAAGGAAAGCUGAGAAAACACAUAUCCAAAAUGGAAGGCGUGACAUCAUUCAGUAUAGAUUUGGCCACAAAGAAAGUGACUGUAAUUGGAGACGUGACCCCCUUAGGAGUGCUUGCAAGCGUGUCGAGGGUGAAGAAUGCACAACUCUGGCCAUCUCCAACAUCUUCCUCAUCGCCAUUGUCAUCCUCGGCCAUGACUAGCCUCACUUACUGAUUGCUGGAACCAAGCUCUUAGAUUUUUUUUUUCUUUCUUUUAAUUGAACUAGCUUGAAGUACUAGCAGGUGUGCAUGAAUGUUUAGCUGAUGCUAUAUCGCAAAUUUGUAACGUAAAUGUAAAACCUUAUCAUGGGUUCUGAACCAUAAUCUUUAGUUGUUCAAAAGAAAAAGUGUUUGUUUGGUUA